CUUGACCGACUUCCAAAUUUCGCGACAGACUCUCACACGAACACCAUUAUCUUCUGCAACAGCCAACUCGUCCCUUGAUACCCAUCUCCACGAGUCGAAUUGACGCAGUUGGUCACUCGUCUCUUAUUCAGAAACGUUCAUCAUGUCUUCUCCGCUGAGCGCAAUCAAGGUUCGCAGAAAGAAGAAUGUCAAGAAGGGUAUCCAGUUCUCCUUGAUGGUCUGUGGAGCUUCAGGUACUGGUCGAACAACUUUCGUCAACACUCUCUGUGGCAAGAAGGUUCUACAAGGAAAGGAUGCCGAUGAUGCGCAAAACGCACACCUCGAGGAAGGCGUCAGAAUCAAGCCCAUCACUGUCGAAUUAGAAUUGGACGAAGAGGGCACCCGCAUUUCCUUGACCAUCGUCGAUACACCAGGGUUUGGAGAUCAGAUCGACAACGAGGCAAGCUUCGGUGAAAUUGUUGGUUACCUCGAGCGUCAAUACGAUGAUAUUCUGGCAGAGGAGUCUCGCAUCAAGCGUAAUCCUCGAUUCCGCGACAAUCGUGUUCAUGCUCUGCUCUACUUCAUCACCCCAACUGGACAUGGUCUUCGCGAACUGGAUAUCGAGCUCAUGAGGCGUCUUUCACCUCGUGUCAAUGUCAUCCCGGUAAUUGGCAAAGCGGAUUCUCUUACACCAGUCGAGCUUGCAGAAUCAAAGAAACUUGUCAUGGAAGACAUUGAGCACUACCGCAUUCCAGUGUACAACUUCCCCUACGACAUUGAAGAGGAUGAUGAAGAUACUGUCGAGGAGAACGCCGAACUUCGAGGCUUGAUGCCAUUUGCCAUUGUUGGAUCUGAGGACGUUGUCGAGAUUGGAGGCCGUAAAGUGCGGGCUAGACAAUAUCCAUGGGGUGUCGUCGAAGUUGACAACCCAAGACAUUCCGACUUCCUCGCCAUUCGCAGCGCUCUGCUACACAGCCAUUUGGCAGAUCUGAAGGAAAUCACACAUGACUUUCUGUACGAGAACUACCGUACCGAGAAACUUAGCAAGAGUGUGGAAGGUGGCGCUGGAGCUGAUUCGUCAAUGAACCCCGAGGAUCUUGCAUCUCAAUCCGUGCGUCUAAAGGAGGAGCAACUUCGCCGCGAGGAGGAGAAGCUUCGAGAAAUUGAGGUCAAGGUGCAAAGAGAGAUCAACGAGAAGAGGCAAGAGUUGUUGGCCCGUGAGAGUCAACUUAAGGAGAUUGAAGCCAGAAUGCACCGAGAACAAAGCGCACACCUUGAAGCUACGAAUGGAGCGGCGGCAGAGUCUGAGGCGUAAGGCAGGCGUCGAGGUUGAGAUGAAGCAGGGAGUCGGGGCUUCCUUCAUCGAGGGUUGAAGAUGCAUGCGCUUACCGACUGCCAGUUUCGUUGUUGAUAGGGGUAUCGGAGCUGGGGCUUCACUUUUGCGGGUCGUUGACGGCAUUUGCAAGACCUUUUCUGGCUCUAAAAAGCUAAUCACGUGUUUUCUUAUCAAUUUCUAAUACGCAGCUGAAUUCUUUCCCUUUCGAUACAAUCCUCGUGAAUAGAGGCAAAGUGGAAUGCUGCGGAUUCUCUAGUGGUUCUCUUUCUUUGUGGUUAUAGCCAAUAAAAUGUGUUUAAGUUUGUCAUGUCAUCAACCA